AUGAGCGAGCAACAGAAAAAUACAGGCCCCGCAUCUUUUUCUCAUCUCUUCCCCGUUCCUCCUGCUACUCCCACCACUGAAGAGAAACCACCCACAACAACACAACAACAGCAACCAGCAGCAGUCGAACAUACCAAUACGCUUAGCAGCAAUGCAGGUGUCGAUUAUGUCAUUGUCUUUCGAUUUCCAACCGACAAGCGUGAUGCCACCAUUGAGACUCGUGUACGAGACAGCAUGAUUGCCUUGACCGCUAAAUUGACACGAGCCAACCUCUGCUACCAAGUCAAGCCCGGACGCACUCAUGGAACGUUGUUGGUGCUUGUAGGCUGUCCUACUUCCACUUUGGAGCAAGAACUUGAACGUGAAAGGAUACGGGAUUUCCUUCUUGGUAUCCGUGUCAAAGGCUUGGAUGAUGAAGAUGCCGGCUUAGGUGAUACAACAGGAUUGACAGAUGCCGAACGCCUUCGAGUCGUCUAUGAAAUCUUGACAGGACCAGAAUCGGAUGGCGGUGCUAAUGUUUCCCCCAAUUUGGAUCCAUACGUGGAAAGUAUUAUGGCAUUACAUGAUGAUCGAUUUGAUAAGGAAUGGAUACACAGCUGGUCACGUAAAUGGCUCAUUGAUAAGGACGACUUGACAAAGAUUCGCAAUCAUUUUGGAGAAAAGGUGGCCUAUUAUUUUGCAUUCCUUCAAUACUACUUUUUAUGGCUUAUUGCUCCUGCAUCCGUGGGCGGAUUGAUGGUCAUGUUUGGUGGCAGAUCUCUCAGCAUCACGUAUUCACUUGGCAUGUUGAUAUGGUCGGUGACCUUUAUUGAAAUGUGGAAGAGGAAAGAGCACGAAUUGGCCGUGGAAUGGAAUGUGCGCAACUGCUCCAAGCACGAGAGAAAGCGGGUUGAAUUCAAGGGCGAUCGAACGGUCAAGGAUCAAGUGACAGGAGAAGAGGUGCCCUAUUGUCCUCCAUGGAAGAUCUUUACCCGACGUGCAAUGUCCAUCCCUGGUGUAGCUAUUGGUGCUGCUGCUUUGAGUGUCAUUGUUGCCUGUGUCUUUGUCCUUCAACUCUUUUUGCAUGAAUACUACAAUGGACCCUUCCGGCAAAUAUUGCACUAUGCACCCACCAUUGGUUACGUCUUGCUGAUUCCAACAAUGACCAACAUUUACAGCGCUUGGAUGCGUAUACUCAACAACUAUGAAAUGCACAAGACCGAGACGUCAUGGGAGUAUCAUUACACACAAAAGAUCUUUGUUGCCAACUUUUUGGUUGCCUAUUUAUCUCUGUUUUUCAUUGCAUGGAUCUAUAUCCCAUUUGGCGAUCACGUGUUACCCUACUUGACAGAGUUGAAUGUCAGCCAUAGCCAUCAAAAGGUCGACUUUCAACGACUACGUGGACAAUUGGUGUAUUUCGUUGUCACAGGCCAACUUAUAGGCUUUGCUACUGAGAUGAUCCUCCCAUACGCUAUGAAGCUGGUGAUGCCUAAGGUCGAAAAGGUGCUACACAAGGAUGAAGAUCAAGAUGCCACCACCACUGAUCUCUCUGAUGAUGCCGCAUCAUCCAAAUUCAUGCAAAAAGUUUACAAGGAAGUUGAUUUGCCGGAUUACAACAUCUACACGGACUAUGUUGAGAUGGUUAUCCAGUUUGGAUAUGUGAGCAUGUUUUCAUCCGUGUGGCCAUUGACCUCUUUAUGCUGUCUAAUCAACAAUUGGGUGGAGCUACGAGGUGAUGCCCUCAAGAUUUGCAAGUAUACACGUCGACCUAUCCCAUUGCGUGCUGAAGGUGUGGGUCCUUGGAUUGGUAACAUGGAAACGUUGACUUGGCUCUCCUCGGUCACCAUGUCGUCAUUUGCUUAUCUUUUCCACCCAACGACCAACAUCCACUCGAGCUACACGCCUAUCUUUACAAUCUUGGCUAUUUUGUUAUCUGAGCAUUUAUACGUGGCAUUGAGAUUGGUGAUCCGAUCGAGUGUACAGGCCUUGCCAAGCUGGUCCGAUAUUGUGGUGCGAAAAGAGGAAUUCAAUUUGAAAAAGAUUUGGCUCAACAAGCUGAUGGCUACAGGCAAAGCAAAACGUGCAGCAACCAUCGAUCCUUCACCUUCAGGAUCCUCUGGACGUAGUCGUGAUUUACGUGUCGAAAGCCCUGAUCCACGUACCAAAUCUUUGUGGUCCAUCGAUAGCACUCCCGAAGCAACCGCUUUACAGCUCAUUCAAAAUGCAUUCAAAACUGAAUAA